UCCUUUUGCUGUCUGUUAAAACGGAAGUUGCUAUAUCGACCGAAGUGACGUGUAUUGCUUUGGCCGUAACAUUCCCACUUUCAGAGAGUGUUUCAAAAUUGUAUGGAAAUGCUGCGAAGCAACAAAAAAGACGAAGAAGAUGGGGGAAGUAACCCUUACAAUCAUUUGGAGAAAGCCACUGUACUUCAAGAGGCUAGAACCUUCAAUGAAUCUCCUAUAAAUCCAAGAAAAUGCAGUCAGAUAUUAACCAAAAUUCUUUACCUCCUGAAUCAGGGAGAAAAUUUUGGCCGGACUGAGGCAACGGAAGCUUUUUUUGCCAUGACAAAGCUAUUCCAGUCAAAAGAUAUGACAGUUCGUAGAUUGGUUUACCUUGGCAUUAAAGAAAUGUCCAGCAUUGCUGAUGAUGUUAUCAUAGUUACCAGCAGUUUAAUGAAAGACAUGACAGGACGAGAAGACCAGUUCCGAGGACCAGCCAUUAGAGCACUCUGUUCCAUCACUGAUGGCAGUAUGUUGCAAGCUAUUGAGCGUUAUAUGAAGCAAGCCAUUGUAGACAAGGUUCACUCAGUGUCCAGUGCUGCUUUGACUUCAUCUUUGCAUUUAUGUAAAGGCAACCAAGAAAUUGUAAAAAGAUGGAUAAACGAGGCACAGGAAGCAGUAAACAGUGACAAUGUUAUGGUGCAGUACCAUGCACUGGGAUUAUUGUAUCACAUUCGGAAGAAUGAUAAAUUGGCUGUUACUAAACUGGUCAGCAAAUUUAGCAAACAUUCUCUACGAUCCCCAUAUGCACAUUGUUUGUUGAUUCGUAUUGCCAGCAAAUUAAUUGAAGAAGAAGAAUGUGGUGCUGAAAGCCAGCUGUUUGAAUUCAUUGAAAGUUGUCUUCGCCACAAAAGUGAAAUGGUUAUAUAUGAAGCUGCUCAUGCUAUUGUUAAUAUGAAGACAACACCAGCAAAGGAACUUGCACCUGCUGUCUCUGUAUUGCAAUUGUUCUGCAGUUCUCCUAAACCUACUCUUCGGUUUGCUGCUGUCCGAACUCUAAAUAAAGUAGCCAUGAAACAUCCUGCAGCAGUGACUGCAUGUAAUCUGGAUUUGGAAAAUCUGAUCACAGACCUGAACCGGAGCAUAGCAACACUUGCUAUCACAACUCUUCUUAAGACUGGAAGUGAAAGCAGUGUUGAUCGUCUGAUGAAGCAGAUUUCAAAUUUCAUGAAUGAAAUUUCCGAUGAAUUCAAAAUUGUUGUUGUUCAAGCAAUAAGAUCUCUUUGCCUGAAAUUCCCUCGCAAACAUAACGUUGUGAUGAACUUCCUUUCUUCUAUGUUAAGAGAUGAGGGUGGCUUUGAUUACAAGCGAGCUAUAGUGAACAAUAUCAUUGUUAUCAUUGAUGAAAACCCAGAUGCAAAAGAAGCUGGUUUGGCCCAUUUGUGUGAAUUCAUCGAAGAUUGUGAACAUACAGUUCUGGCAACCCGCAUUCUUCAUCUUCUUGGCCGCGAAGGACCACGUACUCCAACACCUUCUAAAUACAUCAGAUUUAUCUACAAUAGAGUUAUUCUAGAAAAUGCUGCUGUAAGAGCUGCUGCUGUUACUGCCCUUGCUAAAUUUGGAGCACAGUGUGAAGAUCUUUUACCAAGCUGUGUUGUGCUCUUAGAAAGAUGCCAACUUGAUACUGAUGAUGAAGUGAGAGAUCGAGCUACUUUCUAUGUCAAUGUUCUCAAGCAGUACCAGAAGGCCUUAAAUUCUGCAUACAUUCUUAAUGGCUUACAGGUGUCAGUGGUUGGCCUGGAACGUGCUUUGCACCAAUACUCUCAAAGCGACGCAUCAGAUGUGCCAUUUGACAUGAAGACUGUACCACUUGAAACCCAGCCUAUUGUUGAACAAAGAACUGUUAUGGAACCAGGAGAAACUGUUAGGGAUAAACCAGAAAAAGUUGCUUCAACUCGACAAGAUGUUUAUGCUGAGCAAUUAAGUAACAUUCCAGAAUUCAGUAAUCUUGGACCAUUAUUCAAAUCCUCAACUAAACCAGUUGAACUGACAGAAGAAGAAACAGAGUAUGUCGUACGAUGUAUCAAGCAUACUUUUGCUCAUUACAUUGUGUUCCAGUUUGACUGCAUCAACACUCUUAAUGACCAGAAACUUGAAAAUGUCACAGUACACUUAGAAUCAACAGAUCCCUUUGAGGUGCUAAAAGCAGUUCCUUGUCAGAAUUUACCAUAUGACCAGCCUGGAACAACCUAUGUACUUGUACGUCUCCCCGAAGAUGAAACCAUAGUGACUACAACAUUCAGCUGCAGCCUAAAAUUCAUUGUCAAAGACUGUGAUCCUAACACAGGAGAACCAGAUGAUGAUGGCUACCCAGAUGAAUAUGUGCUUGAAGACAUUGACAUUAGUGUCGCUGACCAUGUACAGCGUGUGAUGAAGCCCAACUUUGGUGCUUCUUGGGAAGAAGUCGGUCCUGCCAAUGAACUGGAAGACACAUUUUCUUUAUCAUCAGUCAAAACUCUGGAAGAAGCUGUCAAGAAUAUUAUCCAGUAUCUUGGUAUGCAACCAUGUGAAAGAUCUGAUAAAGUUCCUUCAGGAAAGAAUUCACAUAUUUUAUAUCUGGCUGGUGUAUUCCGUGGUGGCCACGAUGCUUUGCUCCGAGCUAAGUUAGCACUGACUGAGGGUGGAGUAACCAUGCAACUUACUGUUCGCUCUUCAGAUCCUAUUGUCUCAGAAAUCCUUGUUUCAGCUGUUGGCUAGAAGAUAAUAUGGGGAAAGUGAAGAAACCCAUUACAUAUAUACAUAUAUAUACAUACAUUAGAAUGAUUACUUGGGUUGAUAUAUUAAUCUUUAUUUGCAACACAUACACUUCCAAUGUAGCGUAUGUUUCUGUUACACUUAAUCAUAUGAUUUUUUUUUCUUCUGUUAAUUAAAAAAUAUUUU